UUGGAAGUUCAUUUGCAGGAGAUUCGAGUCAGCGAAGAGCGAAGACGAUGGAUCUUCGAGGUCGUACGAGGCUCGGGUAUACGAGCUAAGUUUCCAAAGAACCCAUAAGGAAAAAGUGGUAAAUUCAUACCUCCCACAUGUCAUGCACAGAUCAAAAGCCAUAAGGGAAGAAGCCAGAGAAGCAAAGUUGCACUCAAAUAUCAAUAGAGGAUGGACAGAUAACAGUAUCAUUCUUCAACAUCCCAUGACUUUCACCACAUUGGCUAUGGAUGAUCAGGUUAAGGCAUCGCUUAUUGAAGACUUGGACAAGUUCUUGAAGGGGAAGGAGUACUUCAAGAAGAUUGGCAAGCCUUGGAAGCGUGGGUACUUGCUGUAUGGUCCUCCGGGAACAGGAAAGUCCAGCUUGAUUGCUGCAAUGUGUAACUAUCUUAGCUAUGACAUAUACGAUCUUGAUCUUACAGAAGUUCGCAAUAACACGAAUUUGAGGUCGUUGUUGCUUUCCAUGUCAAGCCGUUCCAUCCUUGUCAUUGAGGAUAUUGACUGCAGCAUCAAGCUUGAGAAUAGGGAGUCCCUUGAAGAAAAAGAAAACCGCCAUAACAAGGUGACACUUUCAGGGUUGCUUAAUUUUCUUGAUGGGAUAUUGUCAUGUUGCGGAGAGGAAAAGAUAAUUGUACUCACAACAAACCACAAAGACAAAUUAGAUCCUGCCUUGUUAAGGCCAGGAAGAAUGGAUAUGCAUAUACAUUUGUCAUAUUGCAAAUUUUCCGCAUUCAAGCAAUUGGCAAAAAAUUAUUUGGGGAUAUUUGAUCAUCAUCCCUUGUUCCAACAAAUUGAAGAGCUGUUAGAGAAAGUAGAUGUCACUCCAGCCGAAGUAGCCGGGGAACUGAUAAAGAACAAGGAUGUUGAGCUUUCCCUUCAAGGCCUCACUCAAUUCCUCCAUAACCAAAUUUCUCUUAGGGGCCAUUGAAAUUCAUAUUGUAAUAAAGCUUAAAAAUAAACUUAAAAAACUAAUUUCUAAUUUGGUGCCCUUUAAACAACAAAAAAAUGGGGAGCAUAUGA